UGCUCGAGCCACGUCACGUCGGCCGCGCGUGGCGGUUCGCGUAAGCGCGCUGGGUGCCGCGGGUGCUGACGCAGCCGCCCGAAGGAGACGCGGGCGCUAUGGAGGCGAAGCCGGCGGAGCUCCGGCUCUGUGACAGCCUCAUCCUCUGGUUGCAGACAUUCAACACUGCUGCACCUUGCAGAGAUGUUCAGGACCUGACUAACGGGGUUGCCAUGGCGCAGGUACUUCACCAAAUAGAUGUUGCUUGGUUUGAUGCAUCUUGGCUAAACCGCAUUAAAGAUGAUGUUGGUGACAACUGGAGAAUAAAGGCCAGUAACCUGAAGAAGAUACUGCAAGGAAUUAUGGACUACUAUCAUGAGUUUUUGGGUCAGCAGAUUUCAGAAGAGCUUAUUCCAGACUUAAACCAAAUAUCUGAGAACUCGGAUCCCACUGAACUGGGGAGGCUUCUGCAGCUUAUUUUAGGCUGUGCAGUCAACUGUGAAAGGAAACAAGAACACAUACAAAAUAUCAUGACCCUUGAAGAAUCUGUUCAACAUGUUGUCAUGACUGCAAUUCAAGAGCUCAUGAGCAAGGAAGUAACAGGUCCUUCCACAUGUGAUGCAUCAGGUGACAUGGAACAACAGCUUAAAAAAGCUUUGGAAGAUCUUCAGGAAGCACUAUCAGAAAAAGAAGAGUUGGCACAAAGAUGUCAAGAGCUGGAUUUACAGGUGGCUGCCCUCCAGGAGGAAAAAAACAGCUUGAUGUCAGAAAAUGAGAUUAUGAAUGACAGGCUAGAGCAAUUAGAUGACUCCCUUGAUGAUCCAAAUACUGUGGUUGCAAAAAAGUAUUUUCAUGCACAGUUGCAGCUGGAACAACUGCAAGAAGAAAACUUCAGGCUUGAAGCUGCGAAAGAUGAUUAUCGCGUCCAUUGUGAAGACCUAGAAAAACAGUUGAUUGAACUGCAGCAUAGAAACAAUGAGCUAACCUCCUUGGCAGAAGAAUCUAGAGCCUUGAAAGAUGAAAAUGAUAUUCUUAGGGCUACUGCAGACAAGGCAAGUAAGCUGGAAUCUACUGUUGAGGUGUACCGUAAAAAGCUGCAGGAUCUGAAUGACUUCCGCAGGCAAGUCAAAUCUCUGCAGGAAACCAACAUGAUGUACAUGCACAAUACUGUCAGUCUGGAGGAUGAACUGAAGAAAGCCAAUGCAGCACGUGCCCAAUUAGAAAUCUACAAAAGACAGGUCCAGGAGCUUCAUAACAAGCUGUCUGAAGAAUCAAAAAGAGCUGAUAAGUUUGCAUUUGAAAUGAAGAGACUUGAAGAAAAGCAUGAAGCUUUAAUCAAAGAAAAGGAGAGACUGAUAGUACAGUGUGAUGCAUUAAAAGAAACAAAUGAAGAGCUCCGGUACUCACAGAUGCAGCAGGAUCACCUGACUCAAACAGGUGGAUCUCCUGUUAAAAGCCAUGAGAAUCUUGCUGCUGAAAUUCUGCCAGUGGAAUAUAGAGAAAUGUUUAUUCGGCUGCAGCAUGAAAAUAAGAUGCUCCUAUUAAAACAGGAGGGAUCAGAAAAUGAACGUAUUACGGAGCUCCAGGAACAGCUGGAGCAAAAGCAUCGGACAGUGAACGAACUAGAAACUGAGAAAAGGCUAAAUGAAGAGCGUAUUGGAGGGUUACAGCAGCAGAUUGAAGAUCUGCAAAAGACUUUACAGGAGCAGGGAUCCAAGACUGAAGGAUCUAGCAACUUGAAGCAGAAGUUGGCAGCACAUAUGGAAAAGCUAAAUGAAGUUCAUGAUGAGUUACAGAAGAAAGAGGCUGAUCUUGCAGAGCUCCAGCCUGAUGUUAGUCAGAAUCCCCAGAAGAUUGGAGAGCUGGAAGCAGCUUUGCGUAAAAAGGAUGAAGAUAUGAAAGCAAUGGAAGAAAGAUACAAAAUGUACCUAGAGAAAGCAAGAAAUGUGAUAAAAACCUUAGACCCCAAACUGAAUCCAGCAUCAGCAGAAAUUAUGUCACUGAAAAAGCAGAUAAUGGAGAAAGACAAAAAAAUUGAAGCACUGGAGGCUGAAUACAAACUUGCUAAGUUACGUGAUUAUGAGGAGAAGCUAAUUGUAACUGCAUGGUAUAACAAGAGCAUAACUCUUCAGAAGCUAGGUAUGGAAGCAAGACUGGUUGGCAGUAGUGGUGCCUGCAGAGACGGUCCUGGACGCUCAUUUCUAGCUCAACAGCGUCAUGUCACCAAUACCAGAAGGAAUAUCACUGUUAAAGUACAAGGUGCAACAUCUGAUUAAACCACGAGGACCAUGAGGAAAACUAUGCUAAAGUGUCCUUAAAUGUUUUAUAGCUUCCACUCUUAACUACUUGAUGAAAGAAGAGGUUAGAAUGGUGGGCAGCUGUGAAUUCAACAUCAAAACCUAGCAAGAAGUCUGAGUCAAUCAGUGGUGUGUCUAGAAAGUAGCAAGUAGAUUUCCAAGAGUAGAUUUAAUAGCUGCAGUAUGUAUUUACAAGCACAACUUAAAGAUUUAUAUUUGCUUUCAGAAUAUAUUGUAAAUAUAAAAUUUGGCGCUAUAUAUUUAAAACUUUAUCUAAUGGGUUUGGGCUAGAAGGUUCACUUCUUGUAAGAUGUUAUGCAAAAGCGUUCUUCAGGAAACUGGUAAUAUAGGGCAUUUUUGCUGGGGUCUUCUAAAAAUAAAAGAUUGGUACCAGGUCUUAAAGAAAAGCUUUUUUUUUUAGUACAAAGUACAGUGAUUUUAAGAGCAAGGAAAAUACUUGCAUUUAAUAGAAAAAGAAAAAAGGUGAAGUACCAGUUGACUUGUUACAUAGCAGGAGGCAGGAUUUCUUUUGUCAUCUCAGGUGAGAAGCAGAAUUACAGUUUACUCAGAAAAGAUUAAGUUUGUGCAUAUAUACAUUGAGGAAAACCUGUCUUGAAAAUGUUGAAUUCCCUAAAGCCAAAUAAACUGUCUUUUCCUGUGUGAAGAAAAAAAGCUAUAAGAAUUCUAAAGUCUGGGCUAUGUUUUAAAAGUCUGGCAUGUUGGUACACUCCAUUUAUUUGCAGAAAGGGAGUUAGGUGGGAAGAAACCAAUUUAUUUCCAGCUAUUUAUGCAACCCUGUGCAUAGAAAUCAAUUUUCCUCAUUUUUUUAAUGUAGUUUCAGUUCAGUUAUUCUGAACUGAUUGUGCUAGGCAGAUGAAUGAAAGAUAGCUUUGCUAGUUGUUGGCAGCAAAGCUUGUUUGUUGGCAGGGAGAAAAGUGCAUAAACUAUAAUAGUUUGCAGGAUCUAGAUCAAAGGAAAUGAAAUGGGGAUUGAUAUUUGGAAUUCUUGUGUGGGAAGUUGCUAUCUUUCACAAAAAUUGUGUCACUUUAUUUCCCAAAUACCUUAUUCCUGUUAGGAACUGUACUUUUAGGAAACUCGUUAAUGUCCAUUCUUCUUUGCAAACUAUCUAGAACAAACUCAUUAUACACACAGUUAAAUAAAAUAAAAGUACAACAGCCCUUAAAAGAAUAUGAAUACACUUCAAGUAUUUAAGGGUGCUAUAGCAGUCUGUGAUCUAAAUAUAAACCUCAGCCAUAUGUGUCAAUGAGAGCAUAUGUCUGCCUUCGCCACUAAGGCCAUCUUUGAUUCAGCUUUGCAGGGUUUAAGUUUUGAAUUGUGAACUUUGAGUAAUUUUCCAUUUGCAUGCCCCUCAGUAUGGCUUGUUCUUUGAUUUCCUCCUUCCCCAGCAUCUUAAAUUAUUUAUUGGGCAUUGCAUGCAAUGCAGUGCAAAGAGAAAAGGGAAGUAUUCAUUUUUCAUGCUGAGUUGUGAUAGUUUAAUUGCUUCUUAGUUGUGAUAGUUUUACAGUGCUAUAUAUUUAGGCAUUCAACAGACUUCCUCUUUCAAAACUUCUGUCUACAUAAGGCAUUGUUUAAAAGCCAGUCUCAAGCUAAAUGUGGUGUGAACAGAGAAUAUGCCAGACGAACUGUCAUUGGAGGGUUUUGUCUGUCAGGUUGUGUUCUUCAGGACUUUAGGCUCCUUUGACUACCUCUUGGGUUUUGAGGUCUUUCAUUGUUGCAGUAAUGUUGUUUGUAUUUUUAAGGUACAAUUGCUUGUUUAAUCUGCUAGUGGUGUGGGAGAUGGUGGUGAGCAGUGGAAAAGGAGACUAAGUCUUAGCAAGGUGCUUGUGUUUCUAAAGCCUGGUACUUUGAUGUGUUCUAGUGAAAUGUGAAACUGUCACUGAUGGUGUUGAGUGGGUCUCUUAACCCUUGUUCUUCACAGCAUGGUAACUUUAAUGGACACCUUUCAAAUACUCAUCUAGUUAAGUAGGCUUGAUGCGUUUGUUGUACUUGUCACGGUAGUAGAGCUGUGUCAGUAGUCAUAUUGGGUGCUGAAUAGUGAAAAAUUGGAGCAAAUGUCUCUGUAUACUUCUCAAAACUGCAAUCCCUGGGACCAAAAAUGACCAAGAACCUCCCUAUCAUUUAGCUGCAAGUUUGUCUUCUGACUAGCAGUGGAACUAAAGACAGGGAUCAGCCUUCUUCAGGGGCAGGGUUGUUCCCAGUAGUCUUGUUGGGGUUGCCAAAAAUGAAUCAAGUUUUCAGGUAUUAAAUGAAAUGUUACUUAUUUGGGACUUUUCCAAACUGUUGGAAGUUAAGCCUGUGAAUACAACUUAAGUGUUUCUUUGGGACUGAGAACCUGUUCAAGAGUGACUGGUUGAUAACUGGUUAGAAUUGGGUUACGUCCUAUGAACGAGGAACCAAUCUGUAGAAAUAAAUAUUUGAUUAUAAGCCAUGGUAUUGUAUUCACCUCAGCUCAUCUGGCUGUGCGGAAAGGAUCAUUUGAAUAGGUAUCAUUUUAAUAUUAACUUCAUUCAUGUCAAACAAUGGUCCUAAUAGUGUUGCUGUGUUGCAGCUGAGUUGUAUGCAAUGUUGAGCAGCAGCACAUCAGGACAAUGUUCUUUGAUGCAGUGUGAGGCAGCACAAAGAAAGAGGCUCCUUGUCUCUGCUGCAAGAUGAAUUCAUAUCAUGUCUAGACAGCACAGUUAGGAACAGAUUAGUUAUGAGAUGAAAUCAUUGAAUAUUGCUGAAGCUAAUCAGCAUUAUUAGUAACUUUAGCCAGUUUCCAGUAAAAUGGGUAAUAUAAAUCCAAAGAAACAAAAAUAUGUGCUGAUUCACAUAUCAUCUGUGAAUAUUUUUUUAUGUAAGAUUAAUUACUAUGGAAGAGAAGUAUUUUAUAGCAAUAAUACAAAUUUUGGACUAGUAGGUUCUUUUAUUCAAGGCGGAUCAGGCAGCAGUUUUGAGAAGAUUCUUUUGCAACAACUGUAUUAUAGUGGAUUAAGAAACAGUCACUGAACACAAGUUUUCACCUGAUUUCCUUAUUCAUUGAAAUAUAUAUAUGGGUAUUCUAUUUUCUAUAAUAUACACUUACUUGGAAAUGAGUAAUAUAAGCAAUACUGAUGCUUUAUUUAGGUGGCCAUAAAUAGCUUAGGAAUUAGGAAAUGAAAACAAUUGUUCAAGAGUGGGUAAUGUGUACUAAGAUAAUUUUCUUUUAUGCUUUUCUCCCUUCUCCCCCACUAGUGACGCUACAGUUCAGGUUUUCAGUGUAUCAGUGUCUACAUCUUCUGUUUAAAACAAAUGUAAACACUGUGUUGCAUAGAACUUGGAAAAUUGCACUAAUUUUUAAACUUUUGGGUUUAUUUUUUUCUUUGGAAAGAAUUCUUUUAUAUUCACAUAAAGAUUUUUAAAAUCAA